UCCCCUUUCGUCCUUGGAGUACCGCCAUCUUGUUAGCACAAUGGCAGGCUUGAUGAGAAGUGGCAUGAGGGUAUCUGCUCUGGCACGACAGUGCUCAAGAAUUCUUAUCCCUCAACAGAGAGGAUAUGCCGAUAUGGCCUUUACACUUGCUUCCCCAACAGACGUUUAUUACGCCAGUGCCAAUGUCAAGCAAGUUGAUGUGCCAUCGUUCAGUGGUAGCUUUGGUAUCCUUCCAAACCAUGUUCCUUCCUUAGCUGUGCUGAAGCCAGGAGUUGUGACUGUGUUUGAACAAGAUGGAUCCAAUAAAAAAUUCUUUGUAAGCAGUGGAUCAAUCUCCAUUAAUGAUGACUCGUCAGUACAAGUACUAGCUGAGGAAGCUCACCCUCUAGAUCGUCUUGAUGCUCAGGCCAUCCGUGAAGGUGUUACUAAAGCUCAGCAUGAUUUGAGUGCAGCAUCUUCUGACAGAGCAAAAGCAGAGGCUCAGAUUGCACUUGAAUGCUAUGAAGCCUUGCAAAAAGCAGUUGAGGGUCAUUAGUUUUCAUGGAUGCUGGUUUCAUUGAGUUUCCUUGUCUUAGAAAAAAAAUGCUUGUCCUUGAAAAAAAGACUUUGCUGACAAGAUGUGAGUAUGAAGUACUAUACCUGUAUGUGGCUAAUAAAAAAAUAUGCAGUUUA